CGCUUUCUGUCAAAAUUGGCCGGCUGUCCAUUGCAAAAUACAUUUUAAUUUUAAGGUAUUUCAUGAAUAUAUGUUGUAUUACUAGUGUUUCAAACAAAAAUAUUUGAAGUAGAGUUUCCUCAAUUUAAACCCUAAGAAAAUGCAUUUUUAUGGAUUAUUAUUGUUUGCUGUAAGCUUAUUAGCAUUUAGCAAUGCCAGUACCCUGCAAGGCACCAUUGACGAGAAGAAGCUCCAGUUAAUCCUGCAGGAAGGCCUGAAAUCAAAGGAUAUUGUCAGCCUUUAUUAUUCUAUCAAAGGGUUAAAGUCAAUUAAUGUUGCAAUCCCUAAUGUUUGCCAAGAAAUCAGAGGGUCCAAAUAUGACCUCAGGAGUGUAGAGCAAGUGUUCUACCUGACCAAUGCGGCAGCUCUCUCCGGCUGCCAGAACGUCCUUACACCAGAUGUCAUGAACACACCCACACAAAUCCUGGACAAGAAGGACGCCACUCUUCAAGAGCUGUAUUAUGCCGUGUACUCCCUGAAGGCUCUCGGAAAAGGUUCAAUUUAUGACAAAGAAGAUGGAUUGAAGAAUCUCAUACAAGUGCUAAAGAAAGAUGAUUCUCCUGCAAACUAUGGCUACCUGUUUGCUCUAUGCGAGCACAUGGGCUGCGGAGACUGGAGCACCAGUCACGCAGAGGGCGUCCUGCUCGCAGCUGACGAGAGCGACGGCAAGGCACUCCAUUUCGAGGGAGGCCUGCCUGCCACCUCAAUGCUGCUCUCUACUAUUGCUAGAGCCUACAAGAGCCAAAAGAAGCCUUCACCAUUGACAGCGGAACAGAAGCUGAAAUUCGCAGAGUACCUGCUGUCGCGGCGCUCCGUCAACUCGCCCAAGGGCGCUGCGCUGCUGCUAGAGGCGGCCUAUGCCGUUGCCAAUGAUGAGCCCACACCAAUCGCGAUCACAAUCAAAGGCAAGAAGUACGUGACAGCCGAGACAGACAACAUCGAGAUAUCCAUCACGGACCUACUCCAGCGGCCCGUCAAGGGCCUGAAACCGGAGGACGUCAUCGCCCAAUCAGGCACCCGAUUAGCUGACGACGUGGUUGUGUUAUCCAAACAGCCACUAACCCAGAGAGAUGCAACCACAUUCGUGCUGAAUCUGAACAAGAUCAAGUCUCAAUACGGUUUAUAUAAAAUUGCUUUAAGUGCUGGGAGUAAAACUGCCAGUUUGAACGUAGCGGUGCUUGGUGAGAUUCAAGUGACGAAUUGUGAAGUGGGUUUGGGAGAUGUUGAUGGCACCACGAGCCCGAAGAUCACUAAUGUGCCGUAUCCGGAAGAGUUACUAGAUGAACUGCAGGCGGAUCAUAUGCAAAAGCUGUCGCUGAAGUUCACGGUGCGGGAUAGACAGAGCAAGCCGGUGUCGGUGCAGCAGGCGUUCGUGCGCGUCGGGGACCGCGGGCGCGAGGCCGUGUUCGUGGCGGAGCCCGACAACGCGAAGGCCUACAGGGUCGAGCUGAAUGUGGGCGCCAUCGGCAAGCAUCUAGGUCAUCAAUCAGGCGCCUAUCAGGUCAGCAUCUUCCUCGGAGACAGCGCUGUGUCCAACCCCAUAGCCUGGGACCUCGGGGAGAUCCACUUCAAGUUCGAGAAGGAACCCACUGCCGUCGCAGCCCGCUCCCCGGCCGGGCCGCUGCCGGAGAUCCGGCACCAGUUCCGCGAGGCGUCGCCGCGGCCGGCGCGCGCCGUGUCGGACGUGUUCGCGGCGGCGUGCGCGGCGCCGCUCGCGCUGCUGCUGCUGCUGUGGGCGCGGCUCGGCAUCAACUUCGGCAACUUCCCGCUCACUCUCAGCGCGCUCGUGUUCCAUUUGUCGCUUGGAGCGUCGCUAUCGCUGUACGGCGUGUUCUGGCUGCGGCUGACGAUGUUCGACACGGUGCGCUACCUGCUGCCGCUGGCCGCGCUCAGCUUCCUGUCCGGCCACCGGCUGCUGCGGCGGCUCGUGCGCGACAAGCAGUCGCGCUAGGCGACCGAAAUAAAGUCUGGGACAUGUUAUGAUAAGUCUAGCAGUUGAUAUAUUAAGUCUAGAUCCCGCAGGUUCUUUGCUUUGACGUGAUUGUAAAGGUUUCAUACAUGCAUAUAAUUAGGCAGCUUAGGCCGAGGCUACAUCUUUCUACUAAAAGGAUUUCAAUAUAUUUAUAGUAAAAACGACAGUCUCUUUACUGGAGGGAUAGAAAAUGUAAGCCAAUCAGUUUUAGUGUCCCCAACUUUUCACCAAAACAUUAUUUGCAAAUGCAAUUUUUAAUAUUUAUCUACCAAUAAUUAUUCAUAUAAUAAACUCAUCCAGCAGACAUGAUGAAAAUGCUGAAGGCUUGUACUUUGAAUAUUUGGGAUUUAGACAAAUGAUAGUUAACUUUUAGUUGUUCCUUUUAUUUUACGGAAAGGAUUGCUCACACUGUCACAAUUUUUUUUUACAACUUCUACAUUUUGAAAGACUGGUCCUAGACUUUGAAUGCAAUGUGAAAAGGGUGUGUGUGAAUUACUUCUAAGUGAUGUAGGUAUUUACUAAAGAAUGUCAGUUUGAGAUAACUAUUAUUUGUACCUACGUUUUGAAUGUCGGUUUUAAACUUAUUUGUCCACACUUGUGUUAAAUCAUUGAAAGGUCCACUUUUACGUAGUACGUGAUAAAAGUGGUCCUUCCAAUCUGUAUGUAACAAAGAAUACCAUUUUAUGCAAUAAGAUAUAUCUAUUAAUAAAAACUGAUUUGUUAUAUUUUUUUCUUUUUAUUUAACCUUUCACGACCCAAAUGUACACCCAGGUACUAGCGAAAUACGAAACAAAUUGUUUAGGAUUGAAAUUAAGUUUAUUGUCUUACAUAUAGUUACUAUCACACAAAUACAAAUCAUUCUCCAAUGAUUAUAUCUAAAUUUACAACGUAAAGAGUUAAAAAAAUCUUGCAAAAUCUUAAACUUAAAUGCAUAUUAAGCAUAUAAUUAUAUUUAAUUGAUAUUCCUUAUCAAUUCAUCAAAAUACAGAUAUCUCUAUAAUCUUAAGUAGUUGCAAAAUGUGUCAGAAAGGCUAAGUCAAGAAAAUAUAUUGGUCAAAAAUAAAGAAAUUAUGGCAAUAAAAAUAAUGUCUUGGCAUUUUAUAUUCGUGAAUUUUUAAAAUUUUGUUCUGUUGUAAAUUAAGUUUCAUUAUUUCGUAUAAUUAAGUUUUAUUUAUACAUUUU